AUGCAGAAAUCCUGCCAGAAACCUGUGGAUAAAUACAUUGAGUAUGAUCCUGUUAUCAUCUUGAUUAAUGCUGUUUUAUGUAAAGCACAAGCAUACAGGCACAUUCUUUUCAAUACAAAGAUAAAUAUUCAUGGGAAACUCUGCAUCUUUUGUUUGCUCUGUGAAGCUUACAUCAGGUGGUUGCAACUACAGGAUUCAAGCCAAAAUACAGAUCCUGAUGACUUAAUCAGAUAUGCCAAGGAAUGGGAUUUUUAUAGAAUGUUUGGCAUAGCUUCUUUAGAACAAACUUCAUUUUUCGUGGGUAUUUUUAUUGCCUUGUGGUGGAUGACACCCGAGAUGCUGAAAAGAAAGUCUGACUUCAUUUUACUUCUCAAAGCACUGCUGUUGUCCACCUAUGGAAAGCUUUUGCUAAUUCCAGCUGUUAUUUGGGAGCAUGACUACACACCUUUGUGCCUUGCGUUUAUAAAAGUGUUUGUCUUGAUAUCAAACUCUCAGGCAAUCAGAGUUACAUUGAACUUAAACCGAAUACUCCCGUGGUUUGCUAUCUUCUUUGGAUUAAUUUUGGAAUAUGGUGUGGUCUGCUUGUUCCAGAAAAUGGAAUGGGAUGUUUGAAAUAUCAGCCCAGAUACGAAGAAAUGCCAAAACAUGAUGAUCAUUUUCUAAGAAUGAUCUCUGCCAGCAGGCUCCAAAGACACUAUUUUCAUAGUGAUAAAGAAGGUGAUAGAUAA